UUAAGAAUGAUGAUAUGAAAUAGUGUCAUACCAGGUUUCCUUAGACUCCUCCUAAUUGUUUUGUUUUUGUUUUUUUCCUUCUACAACACCCGAAACGAUUCUUUAUGUUUCUUUUAGGAAAAGGUUGAUUUGAUAGUACACUAUUUCUUGACUGCCAUAUAAAGACAUUUGAGCUCUGAUUCAUCCUUUGAAUCUGUUAUUGUUCCAUUCUAUUUACAAAUAAGUUUGUCUCAUUGUCUUGGCUGUUAAACAAAUAAGAAUUAUUUCCGGCUAAUAUUUGUUUGGCUAUUUGUGUUUGAAUUCCUUAGGUAUCCUUUUUUUUAAAUUUUUAUUGACUAAGAGCGUAUUGCGUUUACCUUAUGCUUUCUUCUGUGGGUUAUAGCGUUACAGAGAGUGAUCCUAGAAAAAAUCCUUCUAGUGAUUUAAAAACUCAAUUUUGGUUAGCCUUUUUGGUUGGAAGCACAGCUUGCUUGUUUUUCUGUAUUUUUCGUCAACGAUGGAAAGUGCUUUACGCACCAAGGGCUUCCAUUCAGGAAUUAAAACUGCCAACACUUUCUUCUUCCUAUUAUCUGUGGUUAAUCGAUCUUAUAAGGAUCCCUGACAAUGUUUUUCAGAAUUGCGCUGGACUAGAUGGCUAUGUCUUCCUUUUGUUUUUUAAAAUGGCUAUAAAGUUCUUGGCCUUUACUUCUUUGCUGGGUUUCACGGUGAUUAUGCCUGUUAAUAAACAUUUCCGAGGUGACGCCUUUGGAAAUAUAACGUUUUCCGGUAUUCCUACUUCCUCUUCUGACUUUAAUUCUUUAACCAGUCUUCCUUCGAAAGCACAGUCUCAUCCAACGAAUCAAAACCCAUUUUCUCUUCAACAUACCUCUAAUACCAUUAAAAACUUAACAGACAUUCCAGGACUCCCCGUGGCGGGCGAUGGAUUCCUCUAUUUGUAUGUUAUUUUUACGUACAUCAUUUCUAUUUAUUUGCUUUAUGUUUUAUUUUCAUCCACCAAGUUAAUUGCUGAUAUUCGACAGUCUUACCUCGCUCGUCAAAAUAGACUUGCAGAUCGCACUGUUUUCAUUUCAGGGCUUCCUCCAGAGUUAUGCACUUCCGAAGCACUGAAGAGUUAUUUAGAAAACUUGGAUAUUGGCGAUGUGACCCAACUCAAUAUUUGCCGUAACUACAUCAUUAUGGAUUCUCUUCUUUCUAAGCGUAAAUACUAUGCUCAAAAGCUUGAAAAGUAUUGGCAUGCAUACAGACAGAUUUGCGCUGAUCAUGAAUUACAGAUUCCUGAAAUUCCAGAAGAUUUGGUUUUUAGCACCGUGCCCUACAACGAAACUUCACAGCGUCUUUUAUCGUUACCAAGAGGUGAACUUCAAUAUCGUCCCAUGAUUCGAACCCAUUUUUUUGGUUUUGUUGGUCAGCAAAUUGAUGCUAUUGAUUACUAUUCAGCUAAGUUACUUAGUACUGAUCAGAAAAUUGAAUCUGCACGUCAUUUGGACUAUCCUUCAACAGGAGAGGCCUUCGUAACCUUUGAAUCUAUGGCUAGUGCCCAAAUCGUUGCGCAAGUUCAUAUUGACGCUAAAUCGUUAAUGGGCUUACACAUUUCCUUGGCGCCUGCAUCAAAUGAUAUUCAAUGGCAUAACACUUACAUUGGUAGAUGGCAUCGGUUCUUUCAAUCAUGGCUUAUUACGCUACUAACGUUGAUGAUCAUCUUGCUUUGGACCGUCCCUGUUGGUGCAAUCGCUGUAUUCAUAAAUCUCGAUAAUAUCAGCAAACUUUGGCCUGAAUUAGGGCGUUUAAUUCAGGAUGUUCCAUUUUUAAACUCGCUUCUUCGGACGUUCCUUCCUACUUUGGUGUAUUCCGUAUUUAUUAGUAUGUCACCUUUCCUGUUCCAGUGGCUGUCUAAAAUGCAAGGUUUUAAUUCUCGAGGAGAAGAAGAAAUUUACUCGGUAGGGAAAAACUUUGCAUAUUUGUUUGUCAACUUCUUCCUUGUUUAUAUUAUCGCAGGUUCUACGUCUUAUUGGGAAUUAGUCAAAGAUACUACUACACUUGCACAUUUCCUUGCAAAUCGACUCCCGAAUCAAGCGCAAUUUUUUAUCGAUCUUAUUGUAUUGCAAGGUAUUGGUAUGUUUCCUUUAAAAUUGGUUCAACUCUGGAAACUUUCUUCCUAUUUUAUUCGUCGCUCGUUUGCAAAGCGUCCUCAAGAUUAUCGCAAACUUGAAAGACCAGAUUCAUUCAGCAUUGGUAUAUAUUUACCUCAACCUAUGUUUAUCUUGAUGAUCUGCCUUUGCUAUAGCAUCAUAUCACCUCUCAUUUUAAUCUUUGGACUAAUAUACUUCGUAAUUGGAUUUUUAAUAUAUAAAUACGAACUCAUAUAUCAAAUGGAGCAUCCGCAACACUCAACAGGGAAGUUGUGGGGUAUGAUAUUUGAAAGGAUUGUAUUUGGAUGUUUGCUUCUACAACUUACAAUGAUGGGUUUAAUGAGUUUAAGAAAGGCUUAUUGGCUUAGUACUGUCAUUUUCCCCCUUUUUUGCUUUACGCUCACUUCUGCCUACAAUUUCUCAAAUAUGAUUCAGCCAGCAAUGGAAUUUGUUUCAUUAUAUUAUAUUCGAAUGAGUCGAUCCAAUCAGCAAGUUUCAGAAUCUAGCAGCCGAUCGUCUGAAGGAUCCACCGCCUAUAUUCACCCAGGUUUUAUUGAACACGAGUUUGAUCAUACCUAGUUCCUGACGAGAUAGAGGUAUGCAACUUCACUAAUACUCUUGAGAUCCACUGUCUUUUUCAUUAUUGUGAAAUAAUUAUCAUUUAGUUCCUAUUUAUUUGUUUUUGAUUAUUUUAUUAGAUCUCUUUAUUUCAAAAAUUAAUCAAUAUCUCAUUAAGUUCUUAUUUAAUCAAUAUUCUAAUAAAAUGCCAAACCUUUGAAAGUUAC